GGGCAAGGGGUUGGGAGUGAUGAGACACGUUGAACUUGCCAUUUGCUCAUAAUCCACAGACAAACGGAAUAAACAUCAUCUUCACGAUUGUCAUUAACGUUUUACAUAAUCAAAUAAUUAUCGCCAAAUGUCGACUCCACCAGUUCAUGUAGAGCGAGACUUGGAUUUGAGUAAUGCAGGACGUGGAGUGUGGCUUGUUAAGGUUCCUAAAUAUAUUGCCAAUAAAUGGGAGAAGGCACCUGGUAACAUUGAGGUUGGAAAGCUCAAAAUAACAAAAAAUCCUGGACAGAAAGCCGAAGUGUCCUUGAAAUUAUCAGAAGCUGUUCUAGCACUCAAGGAGCCAGAUGAGGAAGAUAUCCCCAAACAACACAGGCUCGAUGUUUCCACAGUUAGUCAUCAAACACUUGGAGUAUUUUCCCACGUAGCUGGGUCAAGUAAUUCUGAUGCCAUUGUCCCUGAGUCUGAGAAGCUUUACAUGGAGGGCAGAAUCGUACAAAAAUUAGAAUGUCGACCAAAUGCUGAUAAUUGUUACAUGAACCUGAAGAAGGAAAGUAUAAAACGUGCCUCAGUUCCAUUGAGGCAGCUUCGUCACCUGGAGAGGGUUGUGCAGAACUUCAAACCUGUCUCUGAUCACAAGCACAAUAUCGAAUAUGCCGAGAAGAAGAAGGCAGAGGGCAAGAAGAUGAGGGACGACAAGGACGCUGUGAUGGACAUGCUCUUCGCAGCAUUUGAGAAGCAUCAGUACUACAAUAUCAAAGAUUUGGUUAAAAUUACGAGACAGCCAAUCGUGUACCUGAAGGAGAUACUCAACGAGGUGUGCAAUUACAACCUGAAGAAUCCCCACAGAAACACGUGGGAAUUGAAACCGGAGUAUCGUCAUUACAAAGUCGACAAGCCAGCAGAGGCACCUGCCAAGGACGACUCCGAGGACUCGAGCUAGUCUAUCGUCUUUUUCCUCUCCAUCUCCUCGACGAUUUUCCUGGGGAAGAUCCCCAGCCGCAAGCUCUAGGGGUUAAUAGGCAUUGUUUCAUAAUCCAAUUAAGUAACUAAUCAAAAGCUGGCUAGAACUAUUUUCUCCGAGAUUUGUGAUAAAUUGGAGAUUUCAGCCUCGUCAGACGUUGGCGAAGCCUUCGAACAUGAGAGUUCUUCCGUCUUUCGUCCGAAUAUUUAAGCUCAGCUGUUCGUUCGCUUUGAUGAACAGGACCGAGCCCGGGCAGUAGACCUGUGAGUUCACCUCGACUGAACCUUCGAUUAUUAUCAGGAUCCCAGCUGAAUUUCUGGGGGGAAGGGCAUACGAUGGUGUGCCAGGAGGAAGCUGUGACGAAAUAAAUAUUAUGAAAUGAAUUUUCAAUGUCAGUAUUUAAUAGAAAAUUCAAUAAAUUAAUUUUUUUUA